CCGUCAGUCGAGUCCGGAGUGAGCAGCUUAGAUACCGGAUCGGAGUGGAGACCCUGAGCCGCUGCCGCCGUCACGGCCACUGUCUGGACCAGUGCCUGGAGGGAGCCGCAGAAGGUCCAUCGCAGCCUUUCUCUGGAGGGGGGCCCGAUUUGGGGCCCGGACUCAAGAGUCCGGGAGGGAUUUUUCUUCGUUCUUCGCUCCCUCCCCCCCAGCGAGGGAGCCAGAGCGGCCGCCAAACAAAGGUACCAGCCGCCGCCGCGGGAGGAGGAGGAGGAGCCGCGGCCGCCGCCGGACCCGUGGCCUCCCCUUCCCCCAUUUCGCCCCCCAGGCCCGCUCCCGGUCGCAGGCUUCGGGGUGGAGCAGGGGAAGGGGGCUCGGGACGUGACGGGCUUCAGCCUCAGUGCCCAGCCAGGUGCAGGUGAAUUCUGUGUCUGCGAGAGGAUCGCGGCCGCUGAAUCGCCACCAUGAAGGCCAUUGACGAGCCUCCUUAUUUGACAGUGGGAACUGAUGUGAGUGCUAAAUACAGAGGAGCCUUCUGUGAAGCCAAGAUCAAAACCACAAAGAGACUUGUCAAAGUCAAGGUAACGUUUAGGCAUGAUUCUUCAACAAUGGAAGUACAAGAUGACCACAUAAAGGGUCCACUAAAGGUUGGAGCAAUUGUAGAAGUAAAGAAUCCAGAUGGUGCCUAUCAAGAAGCAGUUAUCAAUAAAUUAACAGAUGCAAGUUGGUAUACAGUAGUUUUUGAUGAUGGAGAUGAGAAGACACUUCGAAGAUCUUCAUUAUGUCUGAAAGGAGAAAGACAUUUUGCUGAAAGUGAAACUUUAGAUCAGCUUCCACUUACCAAUCCUGAACAUUUUGGCACACCAGUCAUAGGAAAAAAAACAAACAGAGGAAGAAGAUCUAAUCAUAUUCCAGAGGAAGAAUCUUCAUCAUCCUCCAGUGACGAAGAUGAAGAUGAUAGGAAACAAAUUGAUGAGCUACUAGGAAAAGUUGUAUGUGUAGACUAUAUAAGCUUGGAUAAAAAGAAAGCUCUGUGGUUUCCAGCACUGGUGGUUUGCCCAGAUUGCAGUGAUGAUAUUGCAGUAAAGAAGGACAAUAUUCUAGUUCGCUCUUUCAAAGAUGGCAAAUUUACUUCAGUUCCCAGAAAAGAUGUCCAUGAAAUUUCUAGUGAAUCCUCACCAAAACCCGAUGCUGUAUUAAAACAAGCUUUUGACCAUGCACUUGAAUUUCAUAAAAGUAAAACUGUUCCUAAUAACUGGAAAACUGAAUUGAAAGAGGAUAGCUCUAGCAGUGAAGCAGAGGAGGAGGAGGAGGAAGAAGAUGAUGAAAAAGAAAAAGAAGAUAAUAGUAGCGAAGAGGAGGCAAAAAUAGAACCUUUUCCAGAGGAACGAGAGAACUUUCUUCAACAGCUUUACAAAUUUAUGGAAGACAGAGGCACACCUAUUAAUAAAAGACCUGUACUUGGAUACCGAAAUUUGAAUCUCUUUAAGUUAUUUAGACUUGUACACAAACUUGGAGGAUUUGAUAAUAUUGAAAGUGGAGCUGUAUGGAAGCAAGUCUAUCAAGAUCUUGGAAUUCCUGUUUUAAAUUCAGCUGCAGGAUACAAUGUUAAAUGUGCUUACAAAAAAUAUUUAUAUGGCUUUGAAGAAUAUUGUAGAUCAGCCAACAUUGAAUUUCAAAUGGCAUUGCCAGAGAAGAUGGUUAACAAGCCUUGUAAGGAAUGUGAAAAUGCAAAAGAAACAAAAAACAAGGAAGAACCUGAGUCAGAGAUAAAAGCAGAGAUUAAAGAGGAGGGAGAUACUAUAUUACAAGAAGAGAAACCUGCUGAAGAUGAAAUUGAAAGAAAAGAAAAUAUCAAACCUUGUCUGGGUAAUAAAAAGAAUAUGUCAGAACCUACACAUACACAGUCUGAUCAGGAGAAAGAACUUAACAAUAAAAAAACAGAAGAGAAUGAAAAUCUAGAAGUUAAAGAAGAUGAGACAAUUAAGGUAGAUGAAAUGCUCAACACAAAGGUAGAGGCAGAAGACGAAAAAGCAAAAUCUGGAGAUGAAACGAAUAAGGAGGAAGAUGAAGAUGAGGAAGAAGCAGAAGAGGAGGAGGAGGAGGAGGAGGAGGAGGAGGAAGAAGAAGAUGACGACGAUGACAACAAUGAGCAAGAGGAGUUUGAAUGCUAUCCACCAGGCAUGAAAGUUCAAGUGCGGUAUGGACGAGGGAAAAAUCAGAAAAUGUAUGAAGCUAGUAUUAAAGAUUCUGAUGUCGAAGGUGGAGAGGUCCUUUACUUGGUGCAUUACUGCGGAUGGAAUGUGAGGUAUGAUGAAUGGAUUAAGGCAGAUAAGAUAGUAAGACCUGCUGACAAAAAUGUACCAAAAAUAAAACAUCGAAAGAAAAUAAAGAAUAAAGUUGACAAAGAAAAAGAGAAAGAUGAGAAAUAUUCUCCAAAAAACUGUAAGCUUCGCCGCCUAUCAAAACCACCUUUUCCAGCGAAUACACCACCUGAAAUAGCAUCUAAACUGGAUACUGAAACCAAAAAUUCUGAACAAGUUCAAGUUAAAUCUGUAGAAAUUACUUCUAUCCUAAAUGGACUUCAAGCUUCUGAAAGUUCUGCUGAAGACAGUGAGCAGGAAGAUGAGGCAAGGACUCAGGACAUAGAUAAUAAUGGCAAGGAAGAGUCUAAGGCUGACACUGUAAGCCAUGACAAAAAUGAGCUUAGUCCAAAAGAGGAACAGAGCAGUUUAUCUGUGCCACAAGAAAACAAAAUUCCAACAGAUUCAUUAAUACCCAAAUCAAUAUCAAAAUCUCCAGAAAGAUUAAGAAAAGACCUAGAAGAAAUAUCUGAAGAUACUGAUUAUGAAGAUGAAGUCACGAUAAAAAGAAAGGAAAUCAAAAAGGAGACAACAGAAAAAGCAUCAAAGCCUCAAGUAAAACGUGGUAAGAGAAGGCAUUGCAAUACCGAAGAAUGCUUAAAGCCUGGGUCACCGAGCAGAAAAGAGGAGAAACCUAAAAGCAAAGAAUCCCUUUGUUUAGAAAACAGUAGUAACAGCUCUUCUGAUGACGAUGAAGAUAAAUCCAAAGCAAAAGUGACACCAACUAAGAAAUACAAUGGCUUGGAGGACAAAAGGAAAAAUUUAAGGACAACUGGUUUCUAUUCAGGGUUUUCAGAAGUGGCAGAAAAGAGGAUAAAACUUCUAAAUAACUCUGAUGAAAGACUUCAGAACAGCAGAGCUAAAGAUCGAAAAGAUGUCUGGUCAAGUAUUCAAGGACAGUGGCCUAAAAAGACACUUAAAGAACUGUUUUCAGACUCUGACACAGAGGCUGCAGCUUCACCUCCACAUGCUUCCUCUGAAGAUGUGGCCACAGAGGAGCAGUUACAGACUGUGGCAGAAGAAGAGAAUGGUUCCCCUGGUAUUGAGUUAGAAAAACCAUUACCUGUCAAUUUAGAUAUUAAACCUGUGGAGGAAAAAAACAUUGAAGUGAAUGAUAAGAAAUCAGAAUUUCCAAGCAGUGGGAGUAAUUCAGUGCUAAAUACCCCUCCUACUACACCUGAAUCACCUUCAUCUGUAACUGUAACAGAAACCAGUAGGCAGCAAUCAACUGUGACAGUGUCAGAAACGUUGGCCCCAAAUCAAGAAGAGGUACGCAGUAUCAAGAGUGAAACUGAUAGCACAAUUGAGGUGGAUAGUGUUGCAGGGGAGCUCCAAGACCUCCAGUCUGAAGGAAAUAUCUCUCCAACAGGCUUUGAUGCUAGUGUCAGCUCCAGCAGUAGUAAUCAACCAGAACUGGAACAUCCUGGAAAAGUCUGUACAGGUCAGAAAAGAGUAAAAGAUGCUCAGGGGGGAGGAAGUUCAUCAAAAAAGCAGAAAAGAAGCCACAAAACAUCAGUGGUAAACAACAAAAAGAAAGGCAAAACCACAAACAGUAGUGAUAGUGAAGAACUUUCUGCUGGUGAAAGUGUGACUAAGAGUCAGCCAGCUAAAUCUGUUACCACUGGAGUGAAGUCUCAUAAUACCAAAUCUCCAGCAAGGACACAAUCUCCAGGAAAGUGUAAUGGAAAGAAUGGAGAUAAGGAUUCUGAGCUCAAGGAACAUAGUAAUCGAUUACCCAAAGUUUACAAAUGGAGUUUUCAAAUGUCUGACCUGGAAAAUAUGACAAGUGCAGAACGCAUUGCCAUCCUUCAAGAAAAACUACAGGAAAUCAGGAAACAUUACCUAUCAUUGAAAUCUGAAGUGGCUUCCAUUGAUCGAAGAAGAAAACGUUUAAAGAAGAAGGAAAGAGAAAGUAUACCCAUCCAGAGCUGUAUUCCAGUAAUGAAUCCCAAGGCAUCAAGUCUCAGUGGUGCUGCUACAUCCUCAUCAUCUUCUUCCUCCCCUUCAUCCAGUUCUAUCACAGCUGCUGUCAUGUUAACUUUAGCAGAACCCUCCAUGUCCAGUGCAUCACAGCCCGGAAUGUCGGUGGAGUGCAGGUGACAGCAGGACUUCCCAAAGCACUUUGCACUUAAUGGCUGUUGAGGGCCCCUUUUUUAUAUAUACUGCACAGUGGCACACAAAAUCAGACAAGCACUAUUUUAUAUUUAAAAAUUGUUUCUUGACAAGCUGACUUGGCACUUAAGUGCACUUUUUAUGAAGAAAAAGUACAAUGAACUGCUUUUCCUCAAGCAAUAAUUGUUUCCAACUUGUCUGGGAAUUGUAUGUCUGGUAACUUGAAGGCCUUCCACUGUGGCAAAUGGAGGCUUUUCACUGCCUGCUGAGACAAUACAGAAAGCAUAGUUAUUGGGUGGGCCAGAACAUGUCUAAACAACUUACUGUACAUGUAUUCCCUGGUAUUUUGUUAAAGCUGGAACAUUUGAUAUUUUUCCAUUUAUUUAUGAAAAAUAUGAACCUAUUUUCAUUUGUACAAGCUAAUUGUUUUUUAAAUGCAAGUCACCUUAAAGUGGCUUUAAAUUGUAUAAGUCAAGCACAUGUAAUAAAUUCAAAACCUGCAGGUCACAGGAUAUUAGACAUCAGUCCUGGUAACCAAAUAAGUUUCUCUUUUAAAAAAAGACUGACAAUGUUUACAGGUUUGAAUUAGGUUAAAUGGUUUUGCAAUGGGUUUUCAAUGACCUAUUAAUUGGAAUGGAACUACUGUACUUUGCCAUUUUUCUACGAAUCAGUAUUUUUUUUUAAUUUUGAUAUAAUACAUUGUGUGAAAAUGGAAGAAAAUGGCUAACAAACUAUAUUAAAUCUUAAACAAUGUAUAAAAUUGUACUUAGCCAGUUUAAAGUGUAUAUUUAUUCAUAAUGGAUUAUAACAGUUAUAUUUUUGUGUUUUAUUGUAAAUGUUUCUUUUCCCUUUAAAACAGAUAUUUCAUUUGUAAUGCUUAUUUUAUUAUGAGCUACAACAGGAUUUCAGGAACAAGUAAGCUGUGUUCAUGUGUAAUUCAUGAUUGAUUAUAUGAACACUACCACAAAAUGAUAGUUUUAAUUAUAGCUUCUCUGAGUGGUAGGUCUACUAAGAUAAAGAUGCCUUGUACAAAAUCAAAAAUGAACGCAAACUGUUUUCACUUGUAUUGACUUUUAUGUUGUAUGAUCCCAAGAUCUGUUCUGUUUGGCACUUGUAUAUUUAAUUAUACACCUUUGUAAGACAUUUGUAUAUUGCGGAAGUGUUCAUUCAAGCUAUUUAAUACCUAGCACUGUUAAUACACAGUACUUUAUUGUACAGACUGUUUUACUGUUUUAAUUGUAGUUCUGUGUACUUUUUUUGGAUGGGGGCUGGCAUGUUUUUUUUUCUGGCAAUACAACAUGUGGGAAUUUUGAAAUGUUUUGUUUGUAGAUGCUAACGUGUCAGAAUCCUUUACAUUCAACUUUUCUAAGAAAAGCAUUUUCAGUCUUUGUAGUGUGUGCUCACAGUAACUGAUUUUGUUGAAAAUGGUUUCAAAAUACUCAGAUUUGUACAGGACUGUAAAAAUUUGUUGACAAACAUUGAAGGAAAAGCUUAUAGAAAAAAGCUAUAGAGCAUAUAUUAGGUUAUGCAGACAAUGAAGAAUUAUGUAAUAUAUUGUACAAAUGUAAGCAAAGGCUCUGAAAUAAAAUGCCAUAGUUUGUGAAUCCCUGA